AAGUCAAAGACGAAAUACGUCAAAUUGUUCUACUGAAGGUUUAGAGGUUAUAAGAAUCCUUCUAUUUCGAUGAUAUCAAUAUUGAAAAGAAGUAUGUCUCAGAAUUCUGUAAAUAAGCUAAUAAAUAAUGCUGAAAUAGCUGAAAAAAAGCUAUCAGAAUUGAGAAGUAAGCUAGAAGAAAUUAAAAAGAUUAAAAUCGAAGAAAGGAUCAAAGAGCUUACUGAAGAAAAUAAGAUACUUUCAGUUAAAGUGGCUACUGCCAAGGCUGAUUUGAUCAGGUUAGAAACAUCUAAUGGUAAAAAGCAGUACCCUUUACCGGGAAAGAUCUCUGAAGUACCCGCCGUAGCACAAGUAAUUGCCGAAGAACCAGCAGUUAAAGGCGAAAAACAGCCAGUAGUUAAAAAAGUUAAAGAAACUGCCAAGAAACCCAAGGAAAAACCAGAACUGGUUAAUGAUUCAGUCAUAGAUGUGAGAAAAUUAGAUUUCAGAAUUGGAAAAAUUAUUGAUAUUAAUAAACAUCCUGAUGCUGACUCAUUAUAUGUUGAAAAAAUUGACUGUGGGGAAGAAAAGCCACGCACUGUUGUAUCUGGCCUGGUAAAUCAUGUCCCUAUUGAUGAAAUGAGAGACAGGAUUGUCAUGAUACUGGCUAAUUUGAAACCAGUUAAGAUGAGGGGUGUAACAUCAGAAGCAAUGGUUAUGUGCGCUUCAUCCCCUGAUAAAGUUGAAGUCCUUAUACCACCUAAUGGAGCAGUACCUGGAGAUUUGGUUGAGUGUGAAAACUACCCAAGAGAACCAGAAGCCAUACUCAAUCCUAAGAAAAAAAUCUUUGAAUCUUGUGCCCCAGAUCUAAUGACAAACAAUGAGAAAGUAGCAUGUUAUAAGGGCAGCCCACUUAUAGUACCAGGCAAAGGAAAGGUUGUUGCACCAACUUUAGCAGGAGUCAAUGUCAAAUAAGUUUCCCAAUGGUUAAUUUUUCUCAUUGGAAUUUAUAAAAGGUUUCACUGGCAUAAUUGGUGCCAAUAUUUUAUGUAAGAUUAUGUGAAAUAACAUUUCUUAAAUAAAUUAGAUAUUUGAAACUCUCA